AUGACUUGGCUUGGCUAAUUAUUGACUGAAUAGACAAAAAGUUUAUCAAAUUUUAUGUUUGUUGUAUCGAUAUAAUAAGACCAAAUAAAAGAACUAUCAUUGAUUGAUUAAAAAGAUUUAUGUAAAGUGUUACAGAAUGUAUAAACUUAAAUUUAUCUUAGAGAUUCCAUUUGCUUAAACUAAAAUUAUUUGUAAAUUCAAUACAUUAAUUUUCCCUUAAGUAAUAAUCUCUAUGA